CACUUCGUUAAAUUUCAGAAACUAUAGACAGUGUGAUUUUGCUUUAAACUAAAUUUAAAGCUCCAUUAAUUUUUUUAUAGGUAUACAUCAAAAUGAAGACACAAAAAUACACAUUAAUUGUACAACUAUUGAUAUUGUCUAUAACACUUUGGGUAUUGUUAAUAAAAGUAGAUGCUUAUCACUUAAGAGAUGUUGUUAAAGAAAUGUUUAUAACAAAUCGAAUGUUAGAUGAUAUUGGAGCAGAUCUAUACAAUGACGAAAACUUGAAAGCUAAAUUGGUUGAAGAAAUUAACAAUUUAGAACACGAAGAUUUAGUGAAGGAAAAAAUUAAUAAUUUGGUUUUAGAAAAAAAAUGCUAUGUCUUGAAUGCCAUAAUAACAAAAUAUGAACAAUUACCAUUAAUGAAAUUAAUCAACGAGUUUGUUCCUUUAGGACCAGAUCCUCUAAAUAAUUUGUUUGGUCAAGAUAAAAGUAAUAUAUUUGAAAACCGAAUAUUUAUGGAACGUUUAUUUCAAGAAGAUAUAAAAAACGUGGCAAAUGAAAAAUAUGAUGAUGAAUUUCGUCAAGUACCCAGAGGGAUCUCGUACACAGAUGUAAUAAAAAGCCGUGAGAGAACACUUAUUCAGCUUAUUACUACUCUAUCAGAAAAAGAAGAAGAUAUUAUGAAAAAAAUUAGAUUGAAUUUAAUAAAAUCUUAUAUUCAAGAAUUAAAACUAUGAUCUCAUGGUAACAAAACAUAGAUAACAGAUAAAACAUUUUAAUUUCACCUUAAAAAUUAUUUCUUGGUUAUUUUUUUAAAUAAUUUAUUGUUUUAAUAAAAUGUUCGUAAAAUGUUCAUAAAAUAUGAAAAUGUAAUGCACGUAUAAAUAAUUUAAUAUACCUCAAUGAAUAAAAUAUAUUAAUUGAAACAAUUAUCAUUAAU